UUAUUUUUAAGAAUCGUAUUUAUCACAGUAGUAAAAUGCGUAUUUCUUACAGUAUCUCAUGCAAGCAAACAAUUAACAAUUGUGCCAGAUUCCGCUCUCUUAAUUGUUGUUGGCUUUGCUGCAGGAAGUAUUUUGGAUCGUUUCUGGUCACAUGAAAUAUAUUUACAUCCAGAAUUUUUUUUCUUGUAUUUGCUGCCACCGAUAGCUCUGGACGCUGGAUAUGUGCUUCCUAAUGAAGCAUUCUUCGAAAACUUUGGCACAAUCAUACUGUAUGCAGUUGUAGGAACUAUAUGGAAUAUUACUGCCGUAGGAUGCUUUCUGUUAGCGCUAUCUCCGUUGUUCUCCACCUCGAUUCCUUGGACUGAUCUUUUCCUCUUUUCAACUCUUAUCUCCGCGGUUGAUCCAGUUGCAGUACUUAGUGUUUUUGAGGAAAUUAAUGUCAACAGAUUAUUGUAUAUAUGUGUUUUUGGUGAAUCAUUGCUCAAUGAUGCCGUCACUAUUGUCAUGUAUCAUGCGUUAUCAGCUAUGGCAAAAAUUGGACCAGAAAAUUUAGAAGCGCAAGACUUCAUCAAAGCUCCGAUAUCCUUUAUUUCUGUAUCAUUUGGUGGAAUUUUAAUUGGAAUUGUUGGGGCAGCUCUUACUGGUUUAGUUACUAAGUAUUCAAACAGUCAGCAAGUACUUCAGCCUCUAACUUGUUUAUUAAUACCUUACCUUUCAUAUUUAAUUGCUGAAAGUGUUCAUUUGUCAGGAAUACUCGCUAUUGUUCUUUGCGGCUUAAUGAUGAAGCAAUAUCUUGUUGGUAAUUUAUCUGAGCAAUCUUUAGUAACUACACGUUACUUUCUCAAAACACUUUCCACAAGUGGAGAAGCAAUAAUUUUUGUAUUUUUGGGAUUGUCAACAGUAUCAAAAAAACACGACUGGGAUUGUAUAUUCAUAGCAACAACAUUAACUGCAUGUUUACUUUGCAGAUUUAUCGGUACUUAUUUUUUGACAUAUUUGGCAAAUAGCAACCGAUGUCAAAAGAUUAAUCUCGUAGAUCAGUUUAUUAUGGCUUACGGUGGAUUACGUGGUGCUAUUUGCUACGGUUUAGUGAUGACAUUGGAUGAAGAAGCAGUAGAAGCUAAAGAAAUGUUCGUCUCUACAACUAUUAUUGUAAUUUUAAGUACUGUUUUCCUACAGGGUGCAACCAUACGACCAUUAGUCAAAUUAUUAGACGUGGAAAUUGAGCCUGAUCACCAUCGCACAUUAGUAGAAAGAGUUGCUACAGAUGUUUGUCAUCUUUUUUGCUUAUUCUUAUUCUAA